AGACCUCCAUUUGCGUACACUACACACAAAGAGUUACACGCAUGCGCAAAUCUCUAUUCAACAGGACCGGCUUUCAAAUUUUUAAAGAGAACAAAGAUAAAGUACUAAAAAAAAAUGUCACCUGUUAUUUUUUUAUUCGUGUCAACGUUAUAUCAAAUAUGUGACAAUUAUUUUGGUUAUGGCUUUUGAAAAAUUAUUAAAUAAUAUCGCACGUACACUCAUUUCAUCCCAAAUAAAACCGCAAAUUUGUCGAUUGCCCCUUUUGCAAAAUCAAUUCGUAAAAUCACAAUUUUCACGCUUUUACAGUUCUGAUAAAAAUAACAGUGGGAAAAAGCCGAAUCAUCGAGAAAACAAAUCAUUUCGUCACAAUUAUUCCGAAGAAGUUGAAGCUGCUGUUAAUCAUCAAAUUUUAUCAGAAUUGAAUGCUAGUAUGGUCUACUUAUCAAUGUUUUGCUACUAUGGGAGAACAGAUAUAGCCUUGCCUGGAUGCCAGUCAUAUUUUAAAGCAAUGUAUCAUGAAGAACAAGACCACGCACUUGAAUUCGUUCAGUACCAACUUAUGAGAGGUGGACAAGUAAGACUUUUUCCGAUUACGGUACCUGAGGAUGGUAAUUGGACAGAUAUAACGAUUGCUCUUGGUGUAGCACUUGGACUGGAGAAGAGGGUUAAAGAACAAUUAGAGGAUCUUGCGGAACUUGCAGAAUGUCACAAUGAUAAACAACUAGUGGAUUUACUGGAUUCGAAGUUUAUGAAAGAACAAAAUGAAUCAAUUUGUGAACUGAGUCGUCUUUUGACGAAAGCGAAAAGACUGGUGGACACUGGCGGCGUCGGGAGACAUAUUUUCGACAAAGAAAUUUUCAAAUAUGUGGCUAAAAAACACCCACAUAUUAAGCUCCCGUUUGAUACUAUAUAAAAAUUAAACAGUUGAUAAUUGACGUUUUAUUCAUCACAUUUUAGAAGAUUACAUAAGCACUUAUAUACUGUGCUAAAAGUCAUUUAAAAAAUAUUUCAGUGUAAGCAUGAAAUUCUAUCAGUCCUCGGACUUGUUAUUUCAAUCAACAUUCUCC